ACCUUCGCUCGAGCUGCGUCAUCUCCCGCACCUCGUCUGUGUCGUCCUCGACCUCGUCCAAGCGAGUGUCGUUCUCGCCCAACGUCACCGAGCACGAGCACGACGAAUGGGAAAGUAAGCUCGAUGAGUUCCGGCAGUGCAAGCGGGCACUCGACACCCAGCAACGCUGGGACAAGAUCAAGCGUGUGCAAGAAAAGAUCAAGAACGUCCAGACCUGGCUCCGCACCUGAGUUGUUCUCCGCCCCUUUGGAACUCCUGGUGCCUUGCGCAUGAAUCCGUUCACCCCUUCUGUGGUGGCGCUGUCGUCCAUCUCUUUGCCCAAGCAUUGGUUCUCCCUGGACACGCGCCCGCGCCGCCUCUUUCUGAUCAUUUCCCUCCCCCUUUGCUCCUGCUCUUGCUUUUGCUCUUGCUCUUGCUCUUGCCCUGCCGUGCUUCUCGUUCGGACUGCUUUUGAUUUGGCCCUUCUGGUCUGGUGUCGUGCCUCCGGUGCUUGGUUGUUGCAGCCUUCUGCGCGCUCUUCGCCUCCAUUAUCCCGGCGCUCCCCGUUUCUUUCUGUACAUACCACCGGGCGAGCGCCUUCACCUAUUUAUGCCCCGCGAUUACGCCUGCACUCCAAAUGCCCCUGCAUGAACCUACAUCGUCCACCCUCCCUGCCCUUUCUGCAUGGGCAGCCGAGGGGGAUGCUGCUCUGGGUGCUCUCCUGUUCCAAGGAACAUCCCCUUCUCUCAUCUCUCUCUGAUUUUGUGUUGUAUUUUGCUAAUCUUUUCUGGAAACACCCACCCAAGGCCGCUCCUGCGGACACUCGAUGAAUGGGACAAUACAUAGACUCGGUUGCUUGCUUUUCA